GUCACUACUUGGUGAUUUAAAUUUCAGUGGCAGAAGUUCGCUGGUGGGAACAUAUUGUACAGUCUGGUGCCAUCACAUGUCUCCUCUCCUCACAGUUAAAACAACUGGGAAUUUUCUCCACAUACAGGACAAGUGAAGCGUGAGAGUCCAGAUUUGGCUACAAGUGGCUGGAAAUGUUUGCUAGAGUGGCCAAGCAGCUCACACAAGAGCUGGACUCUGAUGGGAGGCUCAUUCCUAUAUCCAGCUUGGCUAGUGCCAAUCAUUAUAGACUCUUCUCUUUGGUCAUGAAGGAACAGUCCAGGCUGCCUUGGCAACCCAGAAAAUAUCUUGCCACCCCCUACGAACUUACAGAUGUAUUCAAAGAAGGAGCAACUAUGGAUGCAGAGGUGAAAUAUGAUGAUCUGUUAGGAUACUCCGAGACUACAGACCAGAAUGCAGGAGGAAAGCUCAGCCUUAAGUUACAGACCACUGAGGUGGACUUUGGUGGCUCAGGGAAGAGUUCAUUCUCUGUCUCUCAGAUAUCUGUGAGAAAAGCCUACGUGGUUGAAAAAGGGCCGUGGAAAAUUGACACAUCGCACAAGUUCAUAAAAGAAUUUUCAGGCUCCCCUAGGAUGAAGUUGUAUGUCGUGACUGAGGCUUUUGAGAUAAAGGAACCAUUGCUCAUUGAGAAGACGAGCCAGGGAGGAGGCAAAGUCAUAAUUACAGCAGGGGAAAUAGGUGGAAUACAGGGGCGGGGCAAGAGCAUUAAAAAGAAGAUGAUGCUGAUUCCUCAGGGCACAGUGCUGGCAUAUGUCGUACAACCCCUGAAUAUCCAGAAGGAAAUAACUCUCUGUGCCAGUGCGGGUUUACAAAACAGGAAAUCUUCAUUUGUUUCUGAUGGCAAUCACAGGUGCUCAGCGCUGCUCAGUAUUUGGCUGUCUAUAUUUCAGGAAGUGAAGGGCACCAUCAAAAGAGAAUGUGAGCCGCUGAUGUCUCUGAGUCAGGAUUUCAGGAUCAAACUGCUGGGAACCUUUAAGAGCUUUCUGCAGGAUGGUGAUGUUAUAUCAGAUGUUAAAACUGUGCUGGAGCUGUUCUUGGCAGGGGGUCAACCUAAGCACUCAAUGUUGGACUCGUUGGAUAAAAUUCUCCGGCCUCAGGUGGAAAAUUUGCUUCAUGAUUUAGGAGUUUUCUGUGAGACUCAGAGAGAAGAAGCCCCUUCAUUAUUGCAACCGGUACACUUCCUGUGUUCUUCUUUAGAAGAUCUGGACUUUAGAGUGCUGCCCCUACUUGUGACCUGCAUAGAGAAGAACAUGGUGGCCAAGCGGCUUGCGCUG